AAGUCUGCUGCCAUGCUACUGAUCUGCACAGAUCUCACCUCUUUACUUAAAUUUUUAGACAUCUGACCUCUGAUAUUGAACAGAAUGUCCGACCUGGACUACGACGACGACGAGAAACGGAUAAUGGAUGAGAAGAACAGUCUCGCAUCGUUGGAGGUCCGCGAGACCGGCGUGGCUGUCGACGCAGCCGAACGGUCUCGCAUCAUCGACCGUAUCAAAUUCAUGAACACAGUCGGCGAUACCGUCGACCAAGACCCUCUCGCCGACGCUGCUUCUCACUUUAUCUACGACCGGUUGAUGGAGAUGUCCUUGGAAGAGGCGACGGAGGUUCUCACUAAAGCUUACAAAGAGCACUGCGACGAUGUCAACUUUCCAUCCGACGUCCUCGACCGUAUCGAGAAGAUGUUGCAAGGUCGCGAUGCUUACGGUAUCGAUAGCGAUGUCUUUGAGCUCGACUGCAAGCUCGAGGCGGUCGUCAUCAAGUUCCACUCUCCAUACCCAGAAGUCCGCGCUGUUACCGAUCCGUUUGACGACCCCACCAUCCCUGUCGAGACACUCCGUGCCUACCUCUUGGGUACUAUCUGGGUCGCCAUCGGUUCGUUUGUCAACCAGUUCUUUUACGAGCGCCAGCCUCGUCUCAAUCUGGCUGCUAUCGUCUUACAGCUCUUCCUAUUCCCCUGCGGCAAAGUCGCCCAGCUUCUCCCGGACUGGGGCUUCACGUUCCGCGGCUCUCGGUAUACAAUCAACCGCGGUCCCUGGACGCACAAGGAGCAGAUGUUUGCCACUGUAAUGGUCUCAGCCGGCUCGCAAAUGUCAAAUUUCAUGUCCAUUUCGAUCGCCAUGCGUUCCGAGAAGUUUUUCAAUCUGGAGUGGGUCGACUUUGGCUUUAUCUUUCUCACCAAUCUAUCUUCACUGUUCUUUGGGUAUGGUCUCGCCGGACUUGCCCGAAAACUCGUAAUCUACCCCGUCAAAGCUGUGUUUCCGACCGUGCUGCCCACGCUGGCUCUUAACAGAGCUUUGCUUUUGAAAGAAACAAAGACUUCAAUCAAUGGAUGGACAAUCAGUCGCCAGAAACUCUUCUUCCUCACCUUUGCUCUCUCCUUCGUCUACUUUUUCUUUCCGACAUACUUAUUCAAUGCGCUCUCGACCUUCAACUGGAUGACCUGGAUCGCACCUCAGAACGUCAAGGUUACCCUCGUCACUGGAUCAUUCCUUGGAAUGGGCAUCAACCCCAUUCCUACCUUUGACUGGUCCAUCAUCAACUACAGCACGCCACUUGUUUUGCCCUACUUUGCCAAUGUUAAUAGGUUCAUUGGUGUCAUACUCAGCGGCUUUGCGCUGAUGGGCUUGUACUGGACAAAUACAAAGUACACGGCGUACCUGCCUCCGAACGCAAACACAAUCUACGACAACACCGGCGCGACUUACAAUCUUUCGAGAAUCCUGGACUCGACCGGCCAUUUUGACCUCGACAAGUUCAAAGCCUAUUCUGUCCCGUACAUGACUGCUGGACAUCUUGUUGGCACAGGCACGCUCUGGGCGCUCUACACCUGCGCGUUCACGUACAUCUGCAUCUCGGAAUACAAGCUGAUCAUUCGCACCGGCAAGCUUUUCUACAAUGCCAUACGUCAUCCGCGCAGCAAGGCGUUUGAUGAUUUCGAUGAUCCUCAUUCACGGAUGAUGCGCGCGUACCCGGAGGUGCCGGAUUGGUGGUACUUGGCGAUCUUUCUCAUCGCUGGCGCGCUCGCGAUCAUCACUAUCACAGCUUGGCCGACCACGGUCCCGGUCUGGACUGUGAUUUGUAUCUUUCUGUUCAACAUUGGAAUGUAUAUCCCUACCAUCAUCGUCUACUCUGUUACCGGCUACGCUAUGGGCUUUGGCGCGUUCUCCGUUUUCAUAGCGGGUUACAUGGACCCCGGCAACGCCGUGACAAACAUUUUAGUCCGCUUGUGGGGCUACAAUGUGGAUGAACAAAGCGAGACUUUUAUCGCAGACCAGAAGAUGGCGCACUACGCAAAGCUACCCCAACGAGCAGUAUUCAGAGCGCAGCUGGUAGCUACCUUGAUUCAGACAUUUGUGACGCUGGGCGCGGUCGAGGCGCUGUUCAAGUCCGUCGCGGACUUUUGCUCGGCCACGCAGCAGGAUAAGUUUAUCUGCCUGUUCCCUCGCUCGGUGUACUCGGACGCAAUCAUGUUUGGUGUCCUCGGCACCGACCGCGUGCUCUCUACACUCUACCCUGCCCUAAAGCACUGUUUCUACAUCGGACCUCUGACCGCGAUCCCCUUUGCCAUCCUGAAGUUGAAAAAGCCGCAGAAAGUGAAGAAUAUUUUCCCGCCUCUGAUCUGGGGUGGUGCAACCUUCUGGGGCUACACCUACAACCUCACGUACUACAUCGGCGGUUUCUACGCCGCCACGGCGUUCAUGUUCUAUCUCCGCCGGUAUUACACCGCAUGGUGGACGAAAUACAACUACAUCCUAGCCUCGGGUCUCACCGCCGGCGUCGCGUUCUCGGGCGUAGUCAUCUUCCUGGCACUGCAGUAUACCCAGACUACUUUGAGUUGGUGGGGUAAUAAUGUCGUUAGUGCUGGGGUUGAUUAUGCGAGAGUGGCUUCGUUGAAGGAGGUUCCUCAGGGUGGGUUUGGAUUAAAAGACGGCGAGUUCAGUUAGAUUUUGGAUGCUUCUUUGUUAUUCUUUUUGGCUGUUUAUCUGUAUUUUUUGUAUUAAAUUUUUGUAUUAAACAAGUUCUAGAUUUUAUACUAGCCGUCAUAGAAGUGUAUCCUCCAGCACAUAUAA